AGGGAGCGCGGCUGCAGAGCCCGCCCUCGCCGCGGCCCAUCCCGGCCGUCCCGCCGUGCCCGGCCGGAGCUCCCUCCUCCCCCCGCUGCUGCCGACGUGGCGGGGCGGGGACGGAGUCGGGGGCGCGCCGCGAGGGAGUGCGGAGCGACUUGAAAAUGUCUGAAGACUUACGUGAUGGCGUCCCAUCUGAAGAGAAACCUGAAGUAAUGGAAAUGCCCAACAGCGAUGUGUUGCCUCAGGAGUCAGUACUGCCCCCUGUGGAAGCUGAGAUCCUGCCUGUGUCCUCACAAGAAGAACAGGGACAGGACACUAAGGGUGCCAGUAAUGGACAAAAGGGAGACAUAUUUAUUAAUGAAAAUCCUUUGACUGAAGAAAUAGCUGAAAGUCUGCCUUCCAACAGAGACGUGUCUGAAGACAAGCCCACUGAGUGCAUCGAGACUGUAAGCCUUGAUACAGAACCUGAUCCUGAAGAAACACCACCUGAGCAAAGUAGUUCAGCUGCAGACUCACCUAAAGCAAGUAGAUGGGGAGCUUGGGGUUCCUGGGGCAAGUCUCUCCUGUCGUCAGCUUCAGCCACAGUGGGUCAUGGGAUAACAGCAGUAAAAGAAAAAGCAGGAACUACCCUAGGAAUUCAUCAUGCAAGUUCAGCAUCUUCAGAAGCAGCAGAGCAUCCUGCAGCUGAAACAUCAGUAACACAAGCAGAAGAUUCUCCUGACCAAAGCUCUUCCGAGAAUAUUCCUUCUUCUCCUUCAUCUGGAUCUCGUGGGAUGUUGUCAGCUAUCACUAAUGUAGUACAGAACACAGGGAAAAGUGUAUUAUCUGGAGGCUUAGAUGCUUUGGAAUUUAUUGGGAAGACAACCAUGAAUGUCCUUGCAGAAAACGAUCCUGGAUUUAAGAGAACAAAAACACUGAUGGCAAGAACAGUUUCUCUGUCUCAGCUGCUGCGAGAAGCUAAAGAAAAAGAGAAACAGAGACGGGCCCAGCAAGUUACAGUUGAAAGAACAGCACAUUAUGGACUGCUUUUUGAUGAGUUCCAGGGUUUGUCUCAUCUUGAAGCUCUAGAAAUCUUGUCAAAUGAAAGUGAAAACCAGAUUCAGUCAUAUUUGGAAACACUUGGUGGAGAGCAGCUGGAGACUGUGAAAAAUGAUUUAAUUGCUAUAAAAGAGAUUUUUGUUCCAAAGGAAUCAGACGAUGAAGUGGUACAGGCACAGAAAGCAGAUAUGGGAGAAGAGUUUGUCAGCAUGCUCACAGAGCUGCUAUUUGAAUUACAUGUGGCUGCAACUCCUGACAAACUGAACAAGGCUAGGAAAAAAGCUCAUGAGUGGCUGGAAGAAGCCAGUUUAUCCACCUCAGUAGACAUAGAAGAGAAGCUAAAAGAGAAGCCUGGAGAACCUGAUGAAGAAAAGACUGAAAAUGGAAAAGACAAAAUUGACAGUGAUAAACCAGAAGUAAAUAAAAGCAAAACCGUGGAGGAAAUCUACAUGCUGUCCAUUGAAAGUCUGGCUGAGGUAACUGCUCGUUGUAUAGAACAGCUUCAUAAAGUAGCAGAAUUAAUUCUGCAUGGGCAGGAAGUAGAAAAAACAGCUCAAGACCAAGCAAAAGUACUGACAAAUUUAACAAGUGCUAUGUGCAAUGAAGUUUCAUCUUUAUCAAAGAAGUUUUGCGAUUCUUUAACAGCAGCUGGGAGCAGUAUGAAGGCAGAGGUUCUGAACCCCAUCAUUGACAGUGUAUUAUUAGAGGGUUGCAACAGUACUACUUACGUUCAGGAUGCUUUCCAGCUAUUGCUUCCAGUGCUGCAAAUUUCACAUAUCCAGACCAGUUGUUUGAAAGCACAAGAGUGACGGUCUCCCAGCAGUUGUCACCACUGGGCUUAACAGAGACCACAGACCUAAUCCCUUUAAUGUGUGUGGAUGGAAGAGGUGGUAUGGAAGACGUCUGGCCACCAAGAGUCCCCUGAAGACACUCAACGCGGUUUUGCACAUACAAUAUCGAGCAACAUUUUAAAACUCUUUCAGACUUUUAGACUUCAGAAAUAGUUAGAAAAUUGAGUCAUUUCUUUUCCGUCAGAGUAUACCCUUUGCAUUAAUUUAAAUUGGAUUAAUGAUUUAUUGAUAUUGGUAUUGCCAUAAAAAUGGAUUCCAAAUGUUGAGCCUUGCGGUUGUAGACAACAUAUGAAGUCAAUUAGAAUGCAAAGUUCUUUAAAACAUUUCAGCCCAAAUAAUUUCCAUUGCUUGCUUCCUGUCCGUUAAAAAUGUGUAUUUCAAAAGUUGCUUUCAGUGUUUAAGCUUAGUCAACAUGAACAAAUUACCAUAGUGUUGUGCUUGUUAAAUAUUAUUUACAGUAGUAAAUGAUAACCUUGUAAUAAUCUCACCACUUACAUAACACUUUGUGUUCAAGGGGUUGCACAGUAAUAGGUACUAACUUUGCUGAGCUAAAAUUCUGGAGGAUGUGCAUACAGAAUUAUACUAAAAAGAAAUGGAGUGAAUCAGAAAUUUUCCCUUCUUUUAAUUAAUCGACAACUGUUUAUGAAACACCCCCCAAAGUAAUCUCCUCUCGGAUGUGUCACCAGGUUACCACUUUGGUUUCUAAUUUGGUGUUUAAAUGUUAUGAACCUUUUUACCAAAUGGAUUUACAAACACCGACAAGUCAAAAGUAUUGGUUUUGGGCAUAACAGUGAAGAGAGGUGAUGAGAUAGUUGCUGUGGCUAUGUUGGAACAACCACCUUUUCUUUGAGGCCGUGGCUGGACACAGUGCAGAUGAGCAACAGGAACGUUUCAGAAUAACACUAGCAACCGUGAUAAUUUCACAUACUCUUAUCUUAAAAUCCUGAGUGGUGAACCUCAGAGUUUCUUUAGCCUAGUUUACCUCAAAGACAGGAAGAACCUUCCAAUAUUUGUUGUAGCCUGUUCUCCUGGAUUUUUGUUAUUACAUUUCUCACAGCUGUUUUGUGUUUUUUUUCCUCCUGAUACACUCAUGAAUUGUAUUUAAAUAUUUUUUAAUUCUAGCUAGCAUCUGAAUAUGUUUAAUCAUUGGUGCAUAGUACAUACAUUGUAAAAAUAAUGCAACAGAGGAAAUAAUUUCCUGUUUGUUAGAAAGGAGAAACCACGUAUCUGCUUUGCAUAUAGUGAGUCCACAGAAGUGAUGACAGAAAGGUUUGUCUCUGUUUACACUGUUGUGAUACCUGAUCUGCAGUUACAUGCAUUGCAUACUUUUCCAUCUUUUGAUAUUUAAAGAUGAAGUUUUCACUACCCCUGCGAUCAGUUUGUCAUGCAAAAUGUAUUUUCUGACACUCUGUAAUUUUAAAACUUUGAGAUAUCUUUCUGGGAAAAUAGAAGGAGUACAGCCUUCAAAUCCACUUGCACAGAAUGUGCUUUAAAAAGUACCGUGAGCAAAAGUAAGCAAACCCCUUAGCAGCUGGAAAGGGAAAGAAAGUUUGACAUUCAUUGGUAUUUAUGCCAUAUUGAACAGCUGAUUUCACUGCGAUGUGGUAAAAAAAAGGGACACUGGAAAAUGUAACUGGUGAGCAGACUCAGCAGCCCGAGGUAGGACACAGCUCCCGCCAACCACGGUAUCUGUGCUGCUUCCAUCUGACAUUGCUUUAUUUCUGGAAGCGUGUUUUCAAAUGAAAAUAUUUUCAGACUCGAUGUUUCUCUGGCCUCUGCACUUUGAGAGGAAUAAACAUACUCCUCUAUGGUAGUCCUGUCUGGUUGCUGGAAGAGACAUGCAUGCACGUACGUGACCAGGAGUGACUCCUGUAUACACACAGGCCCAGAACAACUCCUCAGCGUGGAUUACUGAAGACCACAUGCUUUCUCCAUAUACUUGACCAUGAGCAGUUUUCAGUUCUAAAUAUCUGGACACAAAUUAAAACAGUCAGAAGCUUGUAAAAAGUUCUUUUCUGUAAAGCAUUUUUUCCUGUCCUAUGCUGGCAAGCAGAAUAUGAUAUCUGGUUAAAAACUUGUUCAUUUUUCAAACAAACACUGUCAAGAAAGCCUGGUGUUUUCAGCUCUCAAUCAAUACAUCUUGGAUUUAUUUUUACUUUAAUUUGAUCAUAACUUUUUGUCAAGAAGCCUUUCUGUCCCUGUUGGAAUAGAGCUCUGUGGCAGGUACCUGUAAGCACAGUAUUACUGCCCAGGGAAUCGUCCAAGGAAUGUACCAAUAGCUCUUUUAUACGGCUCCUCUGUUGAGUUAAUGUUUUCUGAUAUAAAUGAUUUUAGUUACUUUUUCUUAUGGACCUUUCAUUUUCCUCUGAAAUACAGUGCAGAAUAUAUAGUGUUAAACCUGUCAGAAAAAUGUGGUAACUAAUAGUGGUGCUUUUUAGCAGGGGCUGAACAAUACUGUAUUAGAAGCCUCGGGGGAUAAUGUUUAAAUUGUUGAGGGGCAUUCUUAAGACAAAGAUUGCUUGUCUGAGAUAUUCCUUGUGAGAGGUUUCGCUGUCUUGCUUAAAUUAUGUAUGUAUUGAAUAAAGUACCUUGCCCUAAAGUAAAAGAAGUUAUAAAAAUAACACGUAGCAUUGAGUACUCACAUCCAUACAACAUAGGAAGAGAAACAGGGCAGAAUAUGAGCAUAGAGAUACUCCAUCUGAUCUCAGAUUUAUCCCAGGAAAACUGUAAUGCUGAAUCUUUAAAUCAAUUUUAGGGAAAUACUGUUUUAUUAUAAAAGCACUACAUGGAUGUAACCAGAAUAUUUUGUUUACAUGGGCUUGUAUUUUUCCAUCAGUCAAAUAAAGGGUUUGAGAUACGGA